AUGGAUGAUGAUAAGAAUGACUACAAUCCCGAAGAAGAAGUUGUCACAGGAAAUUGGAAUACUCCAAAGGUUGAAUUAAAAGAAGUGGAAAUAAAAACAGGAGAAGAAGACGAAAGUUUAUUUUGGUCUGGUCGAUCAAAAUUGUAUAGGUGGGUUGAGGGUGAAUGGAAAGAAAGAGGAUUAGGUGAAUCCAAAUUAUUAUUACAUAAGAAAAAAGGAAUAAUACGAUUUCUUUUAAGGCAAGAAAAAACAUUGAAAGUUGUAGCUAACCAUUAUAUAUAUCCCAAUGAAUCAUAUUGUAAGCUUGUUCCAAAUGCUGGAAGUGAAAAAAUAUAUGCCUGGACAGUGAAAGAUUUUGCAGAGGAACCAAAAAUUGAACAGUUUGCUUUAAAAUUUAAUACUGCCGAUGCAGCAAAAUUAUUUAAACAAAAAUUUGAUGAAGCGGGACAAGUCAAUCUUAAACUUUUGGAUAGUCAGGGAAAUUUGAAAGAAAAGGUUGAAGAAAAAAAAGAUGACGACAAAAAGGAAAAGAAAGAUGAUAACAGUGAUAAUAAUAAAAAAACAAAGGAGGAUGAAGAAGAAAAGAAGGAUAAGGUUGAAAAGGAUGAGAAAAAAAAAGAAGACGAAAAGGAAAACGUGAAGAAAGAUGUAAAGGAAGAUGACGAAGAAAAGGAUAAGGAUGAUAAAACAAAAGAUGAUGAUACUUCUAAGGAUGAAAAGGAAAAGGAAGUUGAACAAAAAGAGGAUGUUAAAGAAAAAGAAGAAAAGGAGAAAGAAAAGGAUGAUAAAAGAAGUGAUGAUAAAAAAAGUGAUGAAGAAGAAAAUAUUAAAAGAGAAGAUUAA